AUGGCACUACCGUUUGACGACGAGCUGACCCAAUUCCUCGCACAGAACAUAUGGCUGGAUCCCCUCUUAUUGCCUUCAAAAUUCCCCUUACCCACAGAACUAAUCACACCACCGUCACUCGCACCGCCGCCGCCCUUCCUUCCCUCACCGCUUCACUUUAGCCCUCCUCCUCCUCCUACUACCACUACACCUACUACCUUCUUCAGCAACAACAACAACAACAAUAACAACAACAACAGCAACAAGCCCACAAAAAACAAAUCACACAAUGCAAUUGAGCGCCGUUACCGCAACAAUAUCAAUGAGCGGAUAGCCGAACUGAAGGCUGCUGUGCCUGCACUACAACACACACGGCAAGCCAAAGCCGACGAAACCAGUAGUACUGGAAACGCUAACAUUGACGAAGAUUCCGAAGAAUAUGUCGACGGUGUAGCUGUUGCAUCCAAAAUCAACAAAGCAACAAUCAUGCGCAAAGCGACAGAAUACAUUGUCCAUCUGCAGCAUACAAACGACCAACUCAAACGGGAAAACCAAAUAUUGGAGCAGCUCAUGCAGCAGCUGCCAGGGGGGAUACCGGUAUUGACACGGUACAGAGGUAUGAAGCUUCAGCAACAGCAGCGCAAACAACAACAGCAAGACGACGAUCUGCAAGGGGAGGAUGAAGACGACCAGCAGCAAUUCCAGCAACAGCAACAACAACAACAACAACAUCAUCAUCAUCAACAGCAACAAAAUACGUUCAUGGCAUUAUUUAUGUGUUUAUCAUUCUCCAUGGAUCAAAACAUCACCUCACUCACCACACACGCCCUUGCCUCCUCCCAUCCCUCCUCACCGCCAUCAUACGACAUUUGGGCACUCAUUCGUGGAUCCCUCCUCGUCAUCUGCCUUGUAUUUCUUCUGUACCGCCGUCACCACUAUGAGAAACAAAGCACACUCUUACUUCUUUGCAGCCUUGCUGCAGAAUCCGCGCAGCUGGUAAUCCGACACACGUUCGGUUGGUCACAACACCAACACGACGGACAGGAAGCCGAGCGCUGGAUCGAUAUCCACGCCAAUCCAUCCUCAUCACCGCUUGUGCGCCUCUACGCCUGUGUCCGCAUGAUCAACGUCGCCUGUCCAGACCAACUCACUUAUGUAUACGCCUGCGCCGCCAUGCAGUUUUAUCCAUACUGUACAUGGAUAUCCCGACACUUUUGGCGACUGGCCAUGUACGAGACCGACGACGACAUGCUCGUAUGGGACGUGCACCAACAACCUCCGUGUGAAGAUGCAAUGCUGGAUUCGCAAGCCUGGAAAGAAGCCGUAGAGCGUGGCGCAGAUCUUGACGAAUUGUCUCGAUUGCACCUACUCGACAAUUUGCGUACCGAACUAGGUCGACUGGUCAUUUCAGUGACAUCAAGUCCGCCACCGGUGUCUGAAAAGAAGAAUAGCGAUGAGGAGCAGACAGCAUUUGAACGGAUAUUGUAUAAUGACGAUCAUUGUCACGAACACGCGUUCCCGCGUUGGCUAGCUGCGGUUGGUGCGACAGUUGAGGCCUUGUGGCAAUCGGAUGUGGCUGCUGCGGAACGCGCCGUCGCAGUCAUCGAGCAUGAAAAAGAUCUACUCAAGGUCAAAAUCAAAGUGGUGCUGCAAGCCGCUGUUAGGAUACAAAAAGGGGAUCUGACUGGCAUCGAGCUACUCAAUGAAACCGAUGCCUUACAAAAGAAGAUCAAGAAAGUACUGGGCUAUCGCAGGCCACCGCGAGAGCGAGGACCUGUCGGUCUGGAAGGCGAGACCAUGGCGUUGGCUGAAUUCGUCGUGUGUCUCGCUGGUCUUCAUGCCUGGAUCGAAGCUUGGCGGCUCGGAGUCAAGGCUUUCGAACAAAUCAAAGCGCAAACUUUGGUACUGAGGCGCAUGAUGCGUUGCUCCACGUUGGAAAAACUGCCUGCGCAUCAGGUGCUUGUCGAUCGACUAAGUCGUCUAGGCUACUUUGUCUCACCAAGCGGUUCAGAUGACGAAGAAGAAGAUGACUAUGACGAUGAAAAUGACGAUGAACAAACCCGACCCGCCAAAGCCUUAGAUAUCCUUCGUGGACUUGCAUAG